AUGGCCAAUGAAGAGUCAUCAAACCCAAAUCCCGAUCCUAAUUCACAAGAGGCCUUGCUUCAAGAGCUACCCAGAGAGCGGUUUUGGGAAGCCAUGGAUAUAUGCAAGUGGGAAGGCUUCUGGUUUGAACCUGGCCUCGUGAAGCCUGCAAUGACCUUCCGAUCAAGCUUUGAAGCACGCUGCGACGAUGUUCUCUUGGCAUCAACCAUGAAAACAGGUACAACAUGGCUCAAAGCCCUUUGUUUAUGCAUAAUGCACAACCAAUGCAGUAAUGCUGAGAAAGAGGGUGAGGAUAUUCUGACAAAAGACAGUCCACAUUUUCAUGUUCAAACAGUUGAGACCACGAUUUAUGCAACAAAACCCCAUCCUGAUCUCCACUCUAUGCCUUCUCCUAGGCUUUUUCACAGUCACUUGCCGUACAAUCUCCUACCAGAUUCAAUCAAAAAUUCAGACUGCAAAAUUGUUUACAUAGCCCGGAACCCAAAAGACACACUUGUGUCAUUGUGGCAUUUUUUCAACUCCAUUUUAAGACCCAACCAAGAACCAUUCCCUUUGGAAAAAGCAGUUGAGCGCUUCUGCAAUGGGGUUCACCAAUAUGGGCCAUUCUUUGACCAUGUUUUACAAUAUUGGCUGGAGAGCCAAAAGAGGCCUCAAAAGAUUCUAUUUUUGAAGUAUGAAGAGCUGAAAAGAGACCCCAAAGGGCAGGCUAAAAGAUUAGCUUCAUUUCUGGGGAGGCCAUUCACUGAGGAAGAGCAAGUUGAUAAGGUGUUAUGGAGGUGUAGCUUUGAGAGGCUUGAGAAUUUGGAGGUAAACAAGAAAGGUUCAGUUUUGUAUGCUGUGCCAAACAGUUGUUAUUUCAGGGUUGGUGCUGUUGGGGAUUGGAAGAACUACUUGACACCAGAGAUGGAGGAGAUGCUGAAUCAAACUACCCUUAUGAAGCUACAAGGGUCUGGCCUUGACCUGGAAAUAUAA